AUGUCGAAGAAUUUGCGGUCACAAGCCGAUAUCGCCAGCAACCGCGACGUGCUAGGCAACGCGCCAGAGGGCCAAGUUCAAGAUGACUCCUACACAAUGGGGAAUCGCAACAAAGAACCCAUCCCAGUCCUCAAGGAUGAUGCGGUGAUCGAAGACCCGGUCAAGCCCAGCUCAGCUGACUCCGAUGAGAUGCUGGAGCGAGACGAAGCGGAAGCAAUCGACAAGUCGAACAUUAUGAAGGAUAAAACUCGCCAUGCAAAGCCCAGGGGCACUUAUCAAGAACCGGACGAUAAGAAACUGGGGAUUGCAGAUUGA